CGAAAUAUCCUUUCACAUCCUGAUUCUCUCUUCACAGAAACGAUUGUCUUUCUCAGAAGCAGUUCCUUUGAGUGUCAUUGAAGAUUAGCGCCACUAGCUACGAAGAUGCUUAUAUAGCAAGUAUUCCAUUAAGGUACAUGGUGUGCUCCCGUCAUCAUGUUUAUUCCCCGUAUCCCUGACUUUGGAAUAUCCAGUCUAAAGGCUACUAUCGCUCAAGCAAAUGUUACUUCAUUUGCUAUGCUAGGAUCUUCUGCAGAUACGGGGGAUUCAUGCGAUGACAUACACCAUUGCCGUACUUUUUUGCAAAUUUUUUGGAGUUGCAUCAGCGUGCUUGUCGCCUGUACAUGGGUAUCAGUUCAUCCCAAUCUUCCUGGGCCGAAUGAAGGCUUCUGGAGGAUACUGUGGCGAAGGAUAAGCCUCAUGAUUGUAGCGCUUAUUGCGCCCGAGAUGCUAGUGUUAUGGGCAGCGCGACAGUGGUAUGCGGCAAGGAAGCUCACAAGGAGAUGUAAGGGGUGGACCGAGACACAUGCACAUUUCGCCCUAAUGGGAGGAUUUGCUUUGUUUGACGGAAGCGAUUUCAACUGUAUAUUGCGGUGUUCCGGGGACCCAAGGCCUCCUGACGACUCAUUAGAAUCAUAUAUUGAUUUAAUCAGUCUGUUCAAAGCGGAGGAGAUUCAGGAUCGCAGCCACAGCGACGCUCUAGCAAAAUUCUUAGCUAUAGGUCAAACUGGAUGGUUUGUGGUUCAACUUGUCGCAAGACGAGUCGAGAACCUAUCUAUCACAGUGCUCGAGAUUAUGACAGUUGCUUUUGCAGCCAUGAAUGUCAUGAUAUACAUAUUCUGGUGGAACAAACCACAAGGUGUUCGGUAUCCGAUUCAUAUCCAAAAUCAAAACAGGAACAAUAAUCUGGAUGAUGUCAAAACUUCUCCAACCCCUGAGCCCCAGCCAGAUACUUUAGAAUGGCUGCUAAACAUCAUCACUAAUGACCUGAUAUGGUUCAAUGUCAAGUUUGAAUCUGCAGGGAUGCCUCUCAAAAUAUUCCUAUGUGUGGCAUUUCCAGCAAUCAAGUUUUUUGUCAUCGUCAUCAAUGUUGUCUUUGACGAGGAUCCGGAAGUUGAUCCUCUUGACAAAAUAUCGUCGUUUGAGCGGGUGGUCAAAUUGGAACCUUCAUGGCAUCAAGAUAAAGUCAUAGCCUACAGCGCUGCUAUGAUUUUCGGUGCUAUUCAUUGUGCUGCUUGGGCCUUCAUAUUUCCUACUCAAGUUGAGCAGACUUUAUGGAGAAUCUUUUCACUAAUAGUUACAUUUGUUCCGCUGGCUCUUAUCUGCACUGAUUUAUGGAAAGAUAAACUGGAUGGACAUAUUGAAAAUAUUGUUUCGAUUAUUUUGUGCUUUGUUGUUUUUUUCUAUGUUCUUGCAAGACUUGGUCUAAUUGUUCAAGCAUUCCUUGCACUGAGGAGUUUGCCUACUAAUUCAUUUGCAAUUGUCGAGUGGGUAAAUUUUCUUCCUCAUAUAUAAACAAUAUUGUGUACAACGGGAACCCGGAAUAUGUGUUUUGCCCCUUCCAAGUCUGUCAAUUGCUUCUGUUAUGUACAUACUGUAUAUUUGAUAUAUCAUUUUGG